AUGGGACACAAACGAAAACUGUCCAGUGAAGAAGGAAAAGAGAAUAGACUGGGAAAAAAGCUUAAGCGAUUAGAAGAAAAGCUUAAAGAGCAAGAACGACUAGUUCGUCAAUUACAAGAGAAACGUAAUGGCAGUCGUUCCAGCCCGAGUUCUCGGUCGUCGAGAAGUUCGCGUGAAAAUAAAACAGACAAAAGCCGUUCCCGAAGUCAAUCUUACGAUCAGUCACAUAGUCGGGAAUACACGCAGUCACCAGAUCUUUACUCAAUUCAGGACAGAGAGGAGAAGACACCUCCUCCCAUAGAAUCGACAGAAAUCAGCGAAAUUCCAUCGACGCCUUCUAAUAAAAAAGAAAAAGUUGCAACAACGGAGACUUUAACAAUUCGGACUCUUACAGAGGAGGUACUCGAAGCCAUGGGCAAGCGAUUAGAGCCAAAUAAGAAGCGUGGCCCAUCAAUUCACGCGGACAUAGUGACUCGAUGGGAUGACAUAUUGCAAGAAGGUCUACCCAUAGAAGAUCGCAAGAAAAUAUACGAGAAAUACCCUGUUCCGGAAAAUUGCACCCAGUAUGAGCCUCCUACACUCAAUAAAGAAAUAAAAGCAUCUCUAGCAGAAGCCAUCCUCGCUAGAGAUAAGCGAAUCGCGGAAAAACAAGAAAAGGUAACAGUAUGCUUGGCAGCAUUGGGCUCAACCCUGUCUAAGCUAUCCAUAAACAAGGCGGUCGAACGAGUUGAAAUAAUUCGAAUCUUGAGUGAUGUCACUCGUAUGUUAAUAGAUUUACAACGAGACGAGACGCUCACUAGGCGCCUCAUACUCAUGGCAAACCUAAAUCCGACUUUAAAGGAGACGCUAGUUGCGACCAAGCCGGGAGAAUGGCUUUUCGGGAGCGAUCUAACAGAAACACUCAAGGCAGCAAAAUCCUUAGAAAAGUCAUCUAAGGAUCUAAAGCCAGUCGCUAAGAAUACUGCGACAACAUCUCUAAGUAAGCCAAAAAACUCGAAGGGCCCACCCCACCUAAAGAAACAACAGACGGCGGCGGGGGGGCAUCGAAGACCAUUCACUCCAGCCGUCCUGGAAUGGACAAAAGGCUACACCAUUCCGUUUUGCGCCCAACCGAUUCAAACAACUGAAUUGGUGGAACCAAGCUGGUCAGAUAAAGAAAAAUCACAAAUGAAAAAACAGAUUAACGAGUUGCUGCAGAAAGGCGCAAUCCAGCCAUGCAAGAAAUACGAGGAUCAAUUCCUUUCUAGAAUAUUCCUCGUCCCUAAACCAGAUGGAUCCAGUCGUUUCAUUCUAAAUUUGAAAAAACUAAACGAGUUUAUAAAGACAGAACACUUUAAAUUAGAAGACAUUCGGACAGCCCGUGAUCUCAUACAGCCAAAUUGCUUCAUGGCCACAAUAGACUUAAAAGACGCGUAUUAUCUCGUACCAAUCGCAGAGACAAACAAGAAGUUUCUAAGAUUUAUUUUCGAUAAACAAAUAUACGAAUUCAAUUGUUUACCGUUUGGGUUAAGCACUGCUCCAUUUGUCUUCACCAAAUUAAUGAAGCCCCCAAUAACUCGGUUACGAGAACACGGAUUCACAUCCGUUAUUUAUCUAGACGAUAUUCUUUUACUCGGAGAGUCAAAAGAAAAAUGCACAAAAAACGUACAGGAAACUCGUCUUUUAUUAGAAAAAUUAGGCUUUAUAAUAAAUGAUGACAAGAGCUCGAGAUACAAAAUUCGCGAGUUUGCUUCACUAGUAGGUACUCUUAGCUCCUGUUGUUUGGCAACCAAAUAUGGCUGGGCACACAUAAAAGACCUUGAACGCGAAAAAUUCUUGGCCCUGAGGAACAAUGCAGAUAAUUUCGAAGCACAGAUGAAAUUGACUCCUAGAGUAAACGAUGAUUUAAUAUGGUGGAAGAAAAAUAUUUCAUAUAUUUUUAAUCCCAUAUCGAGUCCAAAGUUCGUUACAGAGAUCUUUUCCGACGCAUCUCGAUCAGGCUGGGGAGCUAGCUGCAACAACGCUAAAACUCAUGGAUUUUGGAAUAGUGAGGAACAACAACAUCAUAUCAAUUACUUAGAAUUACAGGCAGCAUUUUUUGGUCUAAAAUGCUUUGCAAAAGACUUUAAGAAUUGCGAUAUCUUACUUCGUAUCGACAAUACUACGGCUAUCUCUUACAUUAAUCGAAUGGGAGGAAUACAAUUCGAACACCUGAGCAAAGUAGCGAAAGAAAUUUGGUCUUGGUGUGAACAACGCAAUAUAUGGAUCUUUGCUUCAUAUAUUCGUUCAGAAGAUAACAUCAUUGCAGACCAGGAGUCUAGGCGGAUAGAGCCGGACAUCGAGUAUAGUCUUUCACAAAAGGCCUUUAAGCAAUUAUAUAUGAGAUUUGGCAAACCGACUAUUGAUCUUUUUGCUACCAGAAUUAACAACAAAUGCUCGAAAUACGUAUCCUGGAAACAAGAUCCUGGUUCUAUUGCAAUAGAUGCUUUCACCAUCGAUUGGAACCACGAAUUCUUUUAUGCUUUCCCACCUUUUGCAUUAAUCCCAAAAGUUUUAAAAAAGAUCCGUAAUGAUAACGCCAGAGGUAUUCUAGUCAUACCAAACUGGCCAUCUCAAGCCUGGUUCCCCCAAUGUAUACAGAUGUUUGAAUCCAAACCUAUUAUAUUUAAACCAAGUUUCAAUCUCUUAUCUUCUUCUAACAGAGCUCCUCAUCCAUUAUGGUCCCAGCUUUCCCUGGUGGGCGGAAUCUCAUCGAACAGGCGUACCAGCUAA